UGAUGAUGGAAGAACAUUGUGAAGGUCGAAGUCCUAAAUAAUUUUGAAUUAUGUUACUAUUAUUUUUGUAUUGACUAUAAAGAAGAAACUGUAUUUAAAACACCAAAAUGAGAGAAACACUUUGAACCACGUCAUUUCUGCAGCCGACAACGAUGCAUUGUGGAAUCAUACUUAGACAACUGAAGCCAAGACUAAUAUCACUUUGCAAACGUCUAAUGGAAAAGGUAAAUGUCACUGUGGCUGGGGUGGCAGGAAACAGCCCUGUGAAAUGCAGUCGUGAUGUUGUAGUGUGUCCAGAUUUAAGUUUGGUGGACGCUGUUAAGAAAGGACCAUAUGAUGUAGUGGUGCUUCCUGGUGGCCUCGGAGGGUCAAAGAAUCUUGCAGCAUCAAACGAGGUUGGGUCAUUGUUGAAGGAACAGGAAAAAUCUGGCCGUCUGAUAGCAGCAAUCUGUGCUGCUCCAACUGCUCUGAAAACACACGGUGUUGGUACAGGGAAAAAAGUGACAUCAUAUCCCACAUUCAGGAAUGAAAUGGAAGAGGGUGGAAAAUAUAUAUAUAGUGAAGACAAAGUAGUAGUUGAUGGCAACUUCAUCACAAGUCGUGGACCAGCCACAGCAUUUGAUUUUGCCCUUGCUGUUGUGGAAAAUCUGCUGGGGCAAUCUGCAGUGGAACCUGUUGCAAAACCAAUGUUACUUGUUUAAAUUAUCUGAUAAAUAAUCUGUAAUCAUAUUUCAAAUAAUAAACAAAAGUUUACAGUAUAAA